AUGCUGCGCUUGGCGUCGAUCAAGCGCGGUUGGGCUGCCCCAGGCUGGGAGGCAUGCGCUUCGGGCUGGCUGCCGUGGGCGCGGAGGCUGGCCGCGAGCGGGGUGGCGGAGGGGGGAGAGGGCGAUCCGUUGGGGGGCGCGGGCGAGGGCCGGGCCACCAAGCGGCUGUCGCUGCUGAAGGCGAUCAACGAGGCGCUGUACAUCGCGCUGGAGAGGAACGACAGGGCGUACGUGUUUGGCGAGGACGUCAGCUUUGGCGGCGUCUUCCGAUGCACAGACGGCCUUGCAAGCAGAUUUGGGCACCACCGCGUCUUCAACACGCCCCUCACGGAACAGGGCAUAGUGGGUUUUGGCAUCGGAAUGGCAUCCAUGGGGAUGCAGCCCAUCGCGGAAAUUCAGUUCGCUGACUACAUCUUCCCCGCAUUUGACCAAAUCGUGAACGAGGGGUCAAAAUACAGGUACCGCAGUGGGGGCCAUUUCAACAGCGGCGGGCUAACCAUCCGGGCGCCAUGCGGCGCCGUCGGCCACGGCGGUCACUACCACUCGCAGAGCCCGGAGAGUUUCUUCACGCACGUGCCAGGAAUGGUCGUCGUCGUGCCGAGCUCUCCUGCAGAUGCCAAGGGACUGCUGCUGGCGUGUAUUGAGCGAAAGGACCCCGCCUUGUUUCUGGAACCCAAGAUACUGUACCGCUCGUCCGUUGGCGACGUGCCAGAGGGUCACUACACUGUGCCGCUCAGCAAGGCGCACGUCGUCCGGCGAGGCAGCGACAUCACUCUCGUGGGCUGGGGCGCGCAGUUGCACGUCCUGACAAAGGCGGCUCAAGAAGUCUCGGAAAAGGACGGCAUUUCCUGCGAGGUCAUCGACCUGCGCACGCUGCUCCCCUGGGACGCUGCCUGCGUGGAGGCCUCCGUCAACAAGACGGGCCGCCUGCUGGUCAGCCACGAGGCGCCGCUCACCGCCGGCUUCGGCGCCGAGAUCGCCGCGCGCGUCUCCGCCAGGUGCUUCUCGCGGCUGGAGGCGCCGCCCGCGCGCGUCUGCGGCAUGGACACGCCCUUCCCGCUGGUCUACGAGACGCUGUACUUGCCCACAGCUCUGCGGGUCGCGGAGGCGGUGAGAUCGACUGUCAACUUCUGA